AUGGCCGAAGUCGAAAACACCCCAAUGGACGAAUCAUACGUUGGGGACGAAGCUGGAGACGACCAGGGCCAGGGCAUGACCGCUAGCGCAACGGUCGGCACCAGACGCCAGGCAAAUGGCACAAUCGGCUCGGUAUACUCGGGUAAUAAGAUUCGACAUCUCAAGAAAGAAGAUGGAAUCCCGCUUUGGCGCAAAGAUAUCCAGUACCAGUUCCUCAAGCUCGUCUUCGAGGACAAGACACCCGCAUUCACGCGAUACCCUGACGGCGAGAAGAACCUGGACUUCGCCGACAUCUACAUCGAUGCCAUGGCGCGGAGUAGCAAGACGAGCAAAGUGCUCAAGGACAAGCUGCAAAAUGACAAGCCGGCCGCGAUUAGUAUGGCAAUGGUCUGCUUGCUCGUCAACUUUGGUCGCAUGAACACCACCCUCAACUUUUUCCCUGAAAUGCGUGCCCAGCUACGAACCUAUCAUUCCAUCCCUUCGCUGCAAGCGCACCAAGACUCCAAUGCCUAUAAACAGUUGCAGGACGCUCCACGCCUGAAAUCCAUCCUGAAGGGUGCGUCCGAGGAUGUGGAUCAACCGAAUACUCUGGAUAAGAUCAAGCAGAUUUCUGUACCCCGGACGAACCCCGUGAACCUCAUAUUUGUUCUGGCACAAUACGCACCAAAAGUCUCUGAAACGCAUUUCUUCCCGCCCCGUGACUUCUUUGAUCUAGUUAUGCGAUCCACUUUGAGCAGCAAAAGCCGAGCUAAUGCGUUCCUGUGGCUAAUGUGGUGGUAUUUGGAGAGUGACUUCACCCGCGAAGCUGCUCUGAACAAUCCAUUUGGUCCCGGCCUGGAAGGAGAAGGACUUGACUUACCUCUGAAGGUACCUGUCUUUGAGAGCCUAACAGAGGAGCAAGCGAAUGAAGAGAAUGUGGAUACAGCAGAGGAGCUUGAAUAUGGGGAAACAAAAAGACUCGAGCGCAAGCGUAUCCUCGAAGAAGAUGAACCACUUCCCCGUGUUCCAAAACGCCCAAAGAAAGAAUAUGGAUUCGACGAAGAUCCCUUCGCAGGAGAUUACUCUGGCUUAGGAGGACGAGGCUCUGCGAUGUCUACACCCCUUCACCCGUCUGCUAAACGAAGCUUGGAUGAGGACGACGAUGAAAUGACUCCUGGGUCAUCUCGACCGCGCAACAAACAAAUCAAACGAGAUUCAUCUCUCAACCGAGCUGUGGGCCAACAGCGACUUAUUUUGAAAACGAAGAUGGACCACACUCCGAAUGCAUCUCCUGCUCCUUCUGGGUCUGGACUCAUGGACCGCUUCAUCCCAGAGCCAUCCCUCACACAAUCCUCCAGCCGUCGACCACGCCCUCUAACACAACACCAGAUUGCUGUGGAGCAGAAUCGCCGACAGCGUAUCGAAUACUUGCUCGCCAAGCGACGGAGCAAUGCAUACCGCGUACUCCGUGCCAAGCGAAAUAAUGAGAUCCCAUUUGCCCGAUAUGCUCGUCUAGUCCAGAGCUUGCCAGAUAGUUAUGACACAGAGGACGAAGAGAGCUCAUGGGGCAUUGGUGGCCUAAUUCCAAACCCCGAGGAAGAAGAUGAUUUUGGCGAAUGCGCAAAUCAUUUCCUUUCUGUUGUUCGCAAGGCAAGCCGACGUCUUGAUCGAUGGGAUUAUGAAGAUGCGAACGGCCCGAAGGUGGACCGACAGAAGGAACGCGAAGAACGCCAGAGAGCCAAAGCCGCACUUCAGGCCGAUCUUCGAGCGGCCAGCAAUCGAUCUCGUCCUCGUGCUCGUGGUGGUGCUGCGAAGCGUAAGACAGCUGGUCCCACGUCUACUCCAGGAACUGCGAAGAAAUCCGCUGCACGCCUCAAGAGUGGCCACAGUCGCCCUGCGGGUGCCGAGGUCGGAAGUGCAGCCGGAGGUGAUGAGGACAUAGAAGGCGAAUUGGACGAUCUAGAUCGUGAGUUGCUUGGAGAGGGUUCCGGUGAAGAAGAUGGAGCCCCACGAGCUGGCUCUCCUGCUGAUGGAGAUUCUUCGGACGAUUCAGGGGAUGAUGACGACGCCGUUGAUGGAGAUGAGGUUCUGUCUACCUACGAUGGACCUAAUGGCUACGCCCGACAUGAGAGCUCGUCUCCCGUACCUGAAGGAGCUGCUGAGCAACGGGAAGGCGGGGACGACGCUAUGGAAGAUUAA